AUGUCGACAAGUAACAACACUUCAAUUCAACCAUCGAACACCGUUUUUCUUGCUAGCACCAUAGCAAGACGAUAUAUCAUUCAUUUACCAGUAAUAUUCGUCGUUUUGGGUUUCAUCGGCUUUCUUGGUAAUACGUUAACGUACCUUCAAAAAGAUAUACGAACAAAUCCAUGCAGCAUUUAUUUAUUUUGUGGUUCUAUCGCAGACAUUACCACUCUUCUUUACAAUAUGCUGGGAAACUACUUAGCCGCAGUUCACGGAGUUUAUAUUCCAUGGGUAAAACUACCGAAUUUGUGCAAAUUUUAUAGUUACUUUCUUGGAUUACUUCCUCAUUUAUCCAUCAACUUUCUCGUAAUGGCAAUCAUUGAUCGAUAUGCAUCGACAUGUACUUUAACAGUUUGUAUACGUCGUCUCAAUGAUGUGAAAAUGGUUCCAUGGUUAAUUGGUCUAAGCAUUCUCCUCAGUUUUAUCUCUUCUAUCCGAUCAUUGAUUCUCUAUGAUUAUCAAGACGGAAAAGGAUGUGUCCCCACUCAACCAUUAUUGAACAAUAUUCUCUACACGAUAAUCAACGGUACAAUACAACCAGUAACCAUGUGUAUCUUUGUUUUCCUUACAUUUCGAAAUGUUCGUCAAAGUCGUCAAAGAGUAUCAGGUGCCGGCUUAGUCAAUCCCAGGCGGACUCGAAAUCAAUUCAUCAGUAUGAUUCUAACACAAAUAUUAGCCACAUGUCUAAUAUCUUUACAAUGGAUGAUCAUGUAUAUUUACUAUUUUAUUCCCGUUCAAACUCCGAGAACCGCUGAACAACAGGCGAUUGUGAGUUUCUUUUAUUCACUCACAAACUAUUGUUACUAUUUGAAUAACGUCAAGUCGUUUUAUCUUUCAAUGCUAACGUCAAAUUUGUUUCGUAAAACGUUCGUUAAAGCAUUCAUCAAGUUCUUACCUCGACAUCAACAUCAACGAUAG